UGAUAAGAUAAUUCCAGUCCAGUACAAUAUACAUGCCACCACAAAUGUAAUGACUUCCAUCUGCAAGUUCGCCUGUUUUUUCCAUAGGUAGUGGCACAAUUCAAGAUUCAAGUGUAAUAACAGGAAUUGCCGCUAGAGGAGGCACCACACAAUCAACCCUUUUAGAAACACACCCCCACACCCCAUUUUAAUGUUAAUCAGCUGUUUCGAGAAUAUUCAUAGUGUUUAGUUAAAAUAUUGAAUUAUUGCUCAAUGCGAAAAGUGUAUUUUUAUGAGCAAGAUACCGGGGGCUGAAAACCAAAGGAGUACUUUUGUCUGGGGAAGUGGAAAAAAUUUUGCUUGCACUUUUUAGCUUUAAACUUGUAAUGGGUAAACUAGGAAAUUAUUUAUUAAUUUUAUUUGUUAGCGGUGAGUUUAAUGGAAAUCAGAUAUUUCAUGUCCAGUAGUUCAUUUUAACCAUGACCAGUACAGCAUACAUACAUAAAUCAGCCUGUUUAUGUCGAUACUGGCUUACUGAUAUAUUUCGUAUCCUGUGUAGAUUACUUUUAGUAAAAGAAAAAGUUUCGCUAUUCAGUAUUUGAGUGUUCCACAGCAUUUUUUUAUAAUGUACACGUUGUCAUCAGAAAUUGUGAGAAAUAUUGCAAACAUUAGAUACUUAUCUAAAUUGUUACAGGAUUUCUAUACACAGAGACUAACACAUUUUCUAAAUGGGUAUUAGAGCUAGGAGAUAACUUUGCAAACCUCCACAAUGAUGGGGGCUAUUGGUUAAUUAAAUUCUAUACACCAUGGUGUGGGAAUUGCAAAAGGGUGGAGCCUAUUUGGGGCCAUGUUGUACAAGCAUUGAAAAAUACACAUAUUCGUAUUGGACGGAUAGACUGUUCAUCAUACCCAAAUGUUGCAAAAAUGUUUGGUGUCACCAAAUACCCUACUAUAAAAAUUAUAAGGGGAGAAGAACAUCAUACGUUUCAAGGUGACCAGGAUACCGAACAGAUAGUGAAUUUUGCCCUCAGAAUGUCAGGCCCGGCAGUGGAACACAUAACAAGGCCGGAAAGCUUGACUAACAUCAAAAACAUGAACCAGUUGUUUUUCAUGUAUGUGGGCGAAAGAGAAGGAGCCUUAUGGGACACCUUUAAUGAUGUAGCAAACAAAAUGCAAGCACAUGCUUUCUAUUACUCUACCAGUCAGAGUAUAGCUGAAAAACAUAUUUUUUUAAAUGAGACGCCUGCGGUGUUCGUACAUAAGGAGAAUUCGCAUUAUUUUUACACAGUUGAAGCGGGGAAUGGCCUGGAAGAAGCCCGCCACUUAAAUGCAUCAAUUCACAAAUGGAUCAACGAGGAACGUUUUGAAACUUUUCUCAAAAUAUCAGAAGGAAAUAUCGAAGAAGUAUUACAAACCAAGAAAUACAUCGUUUUAGUCGUUGUAGAAGAGAACAAGCUACAGGAAAUACCGAAAGACAUGUUAGAGUUCCGUAAUAUGGUAGAAUCGGUGAUAAGGAAGGAUAGAGACAAGUAUCACAGUAGUUUUCAAUUCGGUUGGACAAGUAGUUUGGAAUUGGUGAUCAAUAUUGCUAUGGAAAGAAUAUCACUGCCCUAUCUCAUAGUUUUGAAUUCGACUACGUAUCAUCAUCACGUACCUGAGGAUGAUCCUCUGAUUAUGACUACAGAAGCAAUAGAACUGUUUUUAGAACGAGUUUACAAUCAACAAGCACCAGCAUAUGGUGGAAAUGACUUUGCAGUGCGUUUGUACAGAGCCUAUUUUAAUGCAAAAACUACUUUAGCGGACAGAUAUCGAGGAAAUCCUGUACUAACCACUGUUCUGCUGGGUCUACCUACUUGUUUCUUAUCUAUCAUCAUGUAUUUCUGCGUGUGUCAAAACUGUUUGGAUGCUAAUGAAGAAGACGAAGUUCCUCUACAUGAGAAAAGGGAAUAAAUGUUUAUGUUGAAGAAACUCUAUUAACAUUUAUUGUACCAUAUCCUUCGGAAUCAUUCUUGGAAAGAAUGACAAGAAGAUUACUGCAAAAUGGACAACCUAUGGCAUGAUGUUUUGACGUCAUAUUGCGUCAUCUAAUGAAGGCAGCCGAAACAUUUAAAACAUUUUUAUUUAUCUUGAUGUGAGUGUUCUUUAUAUUUAGCAAGUGAAAGUAGUGUAAGUGUGCGGAAACCAUUUCAGUAUUAUAUUGUAUCUGUUGAUGGAUUUUAUCAUUUGCCUAGUCAUUAUUUGUGAUACGUAAAAAUAAAAAAAUACUUACCG